AUGGUACAUGAAGCCGAAUUCCUUCCCUCAACGGGAACAUCCAUCCUGUCGGUGUUGCAAGGUGGUUACAACCAUCCAUUGGCCAGAGAAUGGCAGGAAGAACGUCCAUUGACUAAAAGUAUGUUCAUAUACCCAUUGUUCAUAACUGACUCUCCAGAUGACGAGACAGAGAUCCCAGCGUUGCCCAAUAUCAAACGUUAUGGUAUCAACAAGUUGAUUCCUUACGUGAAGACUUUGGUGGACAAAGGUUUGCGUGCUGUGAUUCUCUUUGGAGUACCUUUGAAAGACGGAGUGAAGGAUGAAGUAGGAACUGCCGCUGAUGAUCCAGAAGGUCCAGUCAUCAUGGCUAUUAAGGCAUUAAGACAAAACUUUCCUGAUUUAUAUAUCAUGUGUGAUGUUUGCUUGUGUGAAUAUACUAGCCAUGGCCAUUGCGGAAUAUUGUAUAAGGAUGGCUCCAUCAAUAGAGAAACCCUGGCUUUAAGAAUCGGUGCUGUUGCCGUCAAUUAUGCUAAGGCAGGUGCCAAUUGUGUUGCUCCAAGUGAUAUGGUAGAUGGAAGAAUUAAAGAUAUUAAAACUGGCCUUAUUAGUGCAGGAUUGGCCCAUAAAUGUCUUCUCAUGUCUUAUGCUGCAAAGUUUCUGGGUAAUCUUUAUGGUCCUUUCAGAGAUGCUGCUGGUAGUGCUCCUAGUCAUGGGGAUCGUAAGGCUUAUCAAUUACCACCUGGUGGUGCUGGUUUGGCUCGUCGUGCUUUGAUUAGAGAUAUGGAUGAAGGUGCUGAUGCAGUGAUAGUCAAACCUUCAACCUUCUAUUUGGACAUUGUUAGCGAUGCCUCCAGACUUUGUGAAAACUAUCCCAUUUGUGCCUACCAUGUUAGUGGAGAAUAUGCUAUGUUGCAUGCAGCUGCUGAGAAGGGUAUUGUGGACUUGAAGGGAAUUGCAUUUGAAAGCCACCAAGGGUUUGUCAGAGCAGGUGCCAGACUUAUCAUCAGCUAUUUCACUCCCGAGUUCUUGGACUGGUUAGACAUGUAA